GUUCAAGCUUUCACCGAGUCCAACACAGACAUAGUAGACUCAUGUUUCUGCUUGAAUCAAAGGUGGAGAAGGAUGUUUCUCCUUUCCUUUUCCUGGAGAAUAAACAUGAUCUGAUCAGACUGCAGGAAAAGGCUGCUGUGUUAUGUGUUUUGGUUUGUAAUCUCUUUUUGCAAGGAUAUGUUGGGAAGUCACAAAAGUAGGAUUCUGUUUCCAUAUUUUUUAAAAUGAAAAAUGAAAAAACAAUUUCUUAGAAAUCCAAAAAAUUGGGUUUUUGCAAGUUCCUGAUCGUGUGUUUUGGCAAGAAGAAACGCCAACAUCUCAGGAUGAUAAGGAUGAAGAGCAGCAGCAGAUGCUUCUCGCGAGUCGUGCUGCGCGUCUUCUGCCACCAAUACCAUAACUGCAUCUUUCUUCCUCAUCUGUUGACGUCAGAGGAACAGUAGAUGCCGCCGCCGCCGAUGGCUUCGACACAUCUCCCGAGUGGCAGAAGCCAGCCACGAGUGCUAGUAGGUGGAUUUGGUGUCAGUCCUUUGCCACUUCCAUGUGUUGCAACUUGUACCUGCAUCUGUCUCCUUGUGCUCGACUUUCGGACCUCUCCAUGCUCUAUAUGAAUACACGGAGGGAGAGAGUAACUCAUCGUCGGAGGCAGAAAUGGAGGCGGCGUCCGAGGGGGAGUCUCGAGCCAUUGCUUUCGGUGAACAGCAGGAGGCUCUCGUGGUGAGGUCAUGGAAUGCGAUGAGGAAGGUCGCAGCUGAUGUUGCACUGAAGUUCUUCUUGAGGUUGCCUCUCUUGCCUGCUUCCUUCCAUCUCUGUUCUUCGUCACCGCGUCGCCGGCAACACACAGUGUGUUCUGCUCUUGGCAGGGUCUUCGAGAUCCAACCUUCAGCCGCUCGACUCUUCUCCUUCCUGCGCGACUCCAAAGUGCCGCUCGACAAGAACCCAAAGCUCAAAUCCCAUGCCAUGUCUGUGUUCACCAUGGUGUGCGAGUCUGCGACACAGCUGAGGAAGAAAGGCAAGGUUUCGGUGAGAGAGACGACGUCGAAGAAGUUGGCGGGCACUCAUCUCAAGGCUGGCGUCGUCGAUAAACAUUUCGAGGCGGUGAGGUCUGCGUUGUUGGAUACCAUAAAGCACGCAGUUCCGGAGAUGUGGUGCCCUGAAAUGAGUGCUGCCUGGGGAGAAGCCUACGACCACUUGGCUGCAGCUUUAAAGGAAGAGAUGAGGCUUCUCACUUCUUCUUCCUAAGAAGUGGUAGCUUUGU